CUCACUCUGCCCCUGCCCCGCAAAAUAAGUAAAUCUUAAAAAAAAAAAAAGAAAGAAAAAAUUCCACCUAGAAAGUUCUAUUUUCUUAAAGGUAAAAGCUAAUCCUCCGGGAAAUUUGUUGGUUAGAAGAGCUUAUUGCUUGGAUAAAGGAUAUAAUGUUAAACUGGUUUGUGUUUUUGUUCACAAGACAGUGAAUUUUAAAAUGUUCCAGCUUCUCCUCUUUUUUGGUGAUGCAAGAGCUAAGAAGAAACUUCCCAACUUGCCUGUCUUCUUGGAAAACUCCUCCCCGUGUCCUGAAAUCUUCCCAGUCAGCAGCUCUCCUUGGUAUAACAAACCCCGGGCUGUCCUGUGCCCCCCUCCAGAUGUUUACAGAUGAGGAGAUGAUGAUAAAGAACAUAGUUAACAAAUUUGCCCAGGAACAGGUUGCUCCUCUGGUUUCAACAAUGGAUGAAAAUUCAAAAAUGGACACCUCGAUAAUACAAGGAUUAUUUCAACAAGGGUUGAUGGGUAUUGAAAUUGAAACAAAGUAUGGCGGAACAGGAGCUUCCUUUUUUACGUCUAUCCUAGUGAUAGAGGAAUUAGCCAAAGUUGAUGCCUCUGUGGCUUUGGUAUGUGACAUCCAGAACACAGUAGUUAACAAUCUAAUUAGAAAAUACGGAACAGAAGAACAAAAGGCUACCUAUUUGACCAAGCUUGCGACAGAAAAAGUAGGAAGUAUCUGCCUUUCAGAGGCUGGAGCAGGUAGUGAUUUAUUUGCCUUGAAGACCAGAGCUGAUAAAAAGGGAAGCUAUUAUGUCAUCAAUGGGUCAAAGAUGUGGAUCAGCAACGCAGAAUAUGCAGGGAUCUUCCUGGUGAUGGCGAACGUAAACCCUGACCUUGGGUAUAAAGGAAUUACGUGCUUCCUAGUAGAUCGUGACACUGAAGGCCUUCACAUAGGGAAAGCGGAAAACAAAAUGGGGAUUAGAGCUUCUUCCACCUGCCCAUUAACCUUUGAAAACGUCAAGGUUCCAGAAGCCAAUAUCCUGGGACAAAUUGGACAUGGCUAUAAGUAUGCCAUAGGGAGUCUUAAUGAAGGCAGAAUAGGAAUUGCUGCACAGAUGCUGGGACUCGCUCAAGGGUGCUUUGACUACACUAUUCCCUAUAUGAAAGAAAGGAUGCAGUUUGGCAAAAGAAUAUUUGAUUUUCAGGGGCUCCAACACCAAGUGGCCCACGUUGCCACCCAGCUGGAAGCUGCAAGAUUGCUAACCUACAACACUGCUAGGCUUUUAGAAGCUGGAAAGCCAUUCAUAAAAGAAGCAUCUAUGGCCAAAUACUAUGCCUCAGAGGUUGCAGGCCUCACAACUAGUAAGUGUAUUGAGUGGAUGGGGGGAGUCGGCUACACCAAAGAUUACCCUGUGGAAAAAUACUUCCGAGAUGCAAAAAUUGGUACAAUAUAUGAAGGAGCUUCAAAUAUCCAGCUGAACACCAUUGCAAAGCACAUUGGUGCAGAAUACUGACCUCCGAGGGAAUGGGGCCUCUCCCCCUGGUUGCUGGUAGAAAAUUCUGAACUAUCGUGCCUUGUUGGGGAAUUAAACCUCCACAACAUCAAAGCAUUCUGUUUAAGCCCUUAGUCAUGGUUCUUGGGCUAGACCUUUACUGUUUUAUCUGUUGUUCCAGUCUGCAUCAAAGACGUACGGGGAAUCAUUUUUUGAAUUUGGGAAGAAAUGCAUCCAUAUUUUCUCCAGAACUAUUUUUAGACUUGUGUACGUAUUAAUCAUUCCACCUUUGGGGCAGACAGAAGUUUCACUCUGUCAGCAUUUGGAAAAAUACAUUUGAAGUAUUACUUAACAGACAUGGCUAUUUUAUAUUCCUGUUAAAUCUUUAUUUUUUAAAAUCAUUUGGAGAAGGUUUUGUCACAGUUGGCAGUUCUAUAAUCAAUUCUGAGUUUCUCAACUAGGUAGAAACUGAAAAUGUAUUUAGAAAAAUCUAAAAAAAGUUUAAGUUAAAGAAAAAUCUGAAAGUUCUAGUUCUAAAUAUCUGGAAGUGGGUGGAAAAUAGUGUAUAGUUCUAUAGAUCAUAUGAUUGAAGACAUUAUUUUAACAAAGUAAAGCAAUAUAAUUGUUGCUA